CCUUUUCUAGUGUUACAGGAUAAUUUAGCAAUAGUAAAUUUUCAAGCUUUGGGAACUGAGGAAAUUGAGGGAAUCGCCCACUGGAUGCAAAUAUAUCAUGGCUAUAUAUAUUGCUUUUGCCACUGGUAUUGUUGUCAUCCUCGCCAAUUAAUAAAGCAAAUUUGGUAUAAUUCAACUCCAUGUCAAUCAAAUUGUUAAAGUUGGUGAUAAGUGGUGUGCCUUGGCUGUCAGUGAGGGGCCAAGUAAAAUCAUGUCGAAUGUUCUUCAAAUACAGUUUUUUCAAGGCCUCUGUAUUUAUACCCGAAAUUAGAGAAGGGGUCAUAAUAUUAGUAUCGAUAUUCACCACUGUCAGUGAAUCAGAAAACCCGCAGUCGGGAGCUUUGACAAUAACAUUGCACUUGAGCAUUUUAAGCUGCUUUGCAUAUCCGUCGACUAAGCUUUGGUGCGCAAAAGUCGUUUCUGGGGAAUUUUGCCGAGAAUUUAUUGUCAGCUUGGUAAUACUGGGUGCACACGUUGUGACCAACAGCAUUGCCCGCUUCAUUAACCAAUAUUUAAUGCACAGAGGAUUGUCCAAUUUGUCUUUGUAAUACAACGAUGUAACGUUUGACCAGUCUAAAUGGCGAGUCUGAAAUACCUCUUGCGCGUUCAUAAUUAGGCAUCCCAUUGAUGAUACCGUUUCCAAGUCUACGUUAAAUUUUCUCACAAAUUUAAAGUUAUUUGUACUCCGUGCUAAUUUAAUGUUGCUGCGCAUGAACACGAUAUUGCGAUCAGUUUUUAGGUUCCAUUCAACAUAUCGACUUGUUUGUUUGUAUCCAAUAAAUGCUGUGCGAUACACGACCGACCUUGCAGCUUCUCUCCAUUGGUGACAGACCGCCAAAAUUGGAAGGGUGAGCUUCCAACUAUAAAAGUGUUUUGAGCAGUCGGCAAUGUACGGAAGAAUUCUGUCAAAUAUAUCGGACGACACACGGCUGGUAUAUGAGUUGGCGUUGGCAUCAGAGUUGGCAUCAGACAUAGCAACUAUAUAAGGAUGUUAUAUAAUAAAUAAAUA